ACAUCUCACAGGCACAGGCACAGGCAUCAAUGGCUACUGGUUGACACUGACAUCAGUGCCACUUGUCAGUGUCCAUCAGUGCCAGCUGUCAGUGCUCAUCCAUGCCACCUGCCAGUGCCCAUCAGUGCCACAUUUCAGUGCCUACCAGUGCACAUCAGUGCCCAUUUGAGCUGCCUUUCAGUGUCACCCAUCAGUGCCAGUCAGUGCCACCUAUCAGUGCUGCCAAUCAGUGCCAGUCAGUGCUGCCUAUCAGUGCCGCCUAACUGCCAGUCAGUGCCAGCUAUCAGUGCCAUAUAUGAGUGCUACCUUUUAGUGCCCAUCAGUGAUGUCUGUCAGUGCCCAUCAGUGCCACCUACCAGUGCCUCCUCAUCAGUGCAGCCUAUCAGUGCCCAUCACUGCAGCCUCAUU